AAUGGCAGCUAAGUUCUUUGCUCUCGCCGCGCUGGUCGCCGUAGCCAACUGCUCAGUGUUGCCGCUGGCAGUAAACACCGACGCGUCGAGCUUCUCGUACGACGUCGCGGACCCCAACACCGGCGACUAUAAGAGCCAGUCCGAGUCUCGCGUUGGAGGCGCCGUGGUGGGACAAUACUCCCUUGUCGACCCCGACGGUACCAAGCGCGUUGUAGACUACACCGCUGAUGAUGUUAACGGCUUCAACGCUGUUGUGCGCAAGGACCCCUUGGCCGUUGCCGCACCUGUAUACGCUGCCCGCGCUGUGGUCGCCGCUCCCGCUCCUGCCGUCGUCGCCUCCCGCACUUACUCCGUCCCAACGGUCUACAACUCUGGCUGGUCCGCCGUAAAUGCCCCCUUAGGUUACCCAGAGUCCGUAUACUACCUUAAGUAA